UGGAACGAGAAGCCGAUCCUCCACACGUCCUGCAGAAACCAGAAGAUGCGGAUCCGGAUUUCUAUCUCCGAGCAGACCGUCACGAAAGGGCAGGCAUGAAGCUGCCGACACUCUCACUCGUUUUGCCUCUGUUGAUGCUGAGUUUGGCUACCGAUUCGGCUAAUUCUAGAUUGCAGAAGAUCCGUUUCGGUGUCAUCCUGCCCGAGACCUUGCUCAUAACAUUAAGACGUGCCUAUUCUAAGAAGAUCACCGAAACGGUGGAUAACCUAAUGAAGGGCAAGUACUCCUCUCUCAAUUUCACGAACUUUUAUGAGAUUACGGCAGAACCAAAGUUGUCGAUAUCCAUACGGCCCACCACCAAAGAGAUUCUGAUGACCUUCUGCGAUCAUCUUCUGUCCAAAGGUGUGGUCAGCAUUUUGUACUUCACCAAUUCCGAAGUGUACGGAAGCAACGCGGCCGUGGUGCAGUAUAUUCUUCAAUUGACUGCCUACUUGGGCAUUCCGGUCAUCGCUUGGAAUGCCGACAACAUCGGACUGGAACAGAAUCAGCGAUUGACCGAGUCUAAAGUGUUGCAGCUGGCCCCUUCGGUGGAAUAUCAGUCGGCUGCCAUGUUGAGUAUCUUGCAGCGUUACACCUGGAACCAGUUCUCCAUCGUUACCACUCAAUUGGGGGGCCACGACGAUUUCAUCCGCUCUAUCAGAGAUCAAGCCAAGGACGCUUUCAGGGAUUCUAUAUUUAACAUAUUCAACUAUUUCAUCUUGAAAAAUAUGAGUCAGGAGGGAUUGAAAGCCGAGAUGAAGGUGUUAGCGGAUAGCGAAGCCAGAGUAUUUCUCUUAUACUGCACCAAGGAAGAGGCCGAACGAAUCAUGUCUGCAGCCAAUCACUUGGAAAUGACGGGUAAAAAUUAUAUCUGGAUCGUCACCCAGUCGGUCAUCGGAUACGGAGGCAAGGCCCCCGACACUUUUCCCGCAGGAAUGCUGGGAAUCCACUUUAAUAGUACUAAAGAUCGCCUCUUCGAAGAAAUAGAAAAUGCAAUAACCGUUUUUGCUCACGGAUUAGAAUUAUUUGUCAACGAUCCUCGCAACCUCAAUUACUUUUUAAAUCUUAAUUUGGAUUGUAACGGAUCCGACGUUCGAUGGACUCAGGGUGAUUACUUUUUCAAAUAUUUAAAGAAUGUCAGUAUUAGCAAAUACGGACGUCCACCCAUAGAGUUUAAUGCAGAUGGCACUCUUAAAUACGUUGAGUUGGAAGUAAUGAAUCUGGGCGUAGAUGGCUUCUGGCAUAAGAUAGGAACUUGGAAUAGAGACAACCUGGUUAUUAAGGACAUUGUAUGGCCCGGAAAUUCACCCGCACCUCCACCAGGAGUUCCAGAGAAAUUUAAUCUGAGAAUCACCUUUAUGGAAGAGCCACCGUAUGUCAAUAUGGUUCCUCCCGAUAACGAGACCGGCGAGUGUAAAAGUAGUAGAGCAGUUCGGUGUCGAGUAGCUAAGGAAUCGGAGAUGCUCGGCGUCAACAGAUCUUUGGCUAUUCGUAAUCCGAAAUAUUUCAUGUGUUGCUCCGGUUUCUGCAUCGACUUGCUGCAGAAAUUUGCCACGGAUCUGAAAUUCACCUACGAGUUAUAUAGAGUGGAAGAUGGCGUUUGGGGCAUUCUUAAGAACAAUACGUGGAACGGACUAAUUAGAGAAAUUUUAAAUACCAAAGCCGAUGUGGUGGUUACUUCUUUCAAAGCCAAUUCGGAGAGGCAAACGGCGGUGGAUUUCACCGUACCCUUCAUGGAAACGGGUAUCGCCAUCGUUGUAGCCAAGAGGACGGGCAUCAUCUCGCCUAAAGCAUUUCUAGAGCCCUUCGACACCGUGUCCUGGUUAAUGAUACUUCUGGUGUCUAUCCAAGUGGCAGCUUUGGCAAUUUUCAUGUUCGAAUGGAUCAGCCCAUUCGGCUACGGAAUGAAGAUGAUGCCUCCUAGAAAUCAUAAAUUCUCGUUAUUCCGCACCUACUGGCUAGUUUGGGCCAUCUUGUUUGGAGCUUCCGUCAAUGUUGAUUGCCCGCGUGGAUACACCGCCCGUUUUAUGUCCAUAGUGUGGGCCAUGUUUGCUGUGGUCUUCCUGGCUAUCUACACUGCCAAUCUGGCAGCCUUCAUGAUCACUCGAGAGGAGUUUCACGAUUUGACCGGAAUCGAAGAUAAAAGGUUGGAGAAUCCGAUGAUGAUUCAUCCACCUUUCCGUUUCGGAACCAUUCCCAACGGUAACACGGAGGCGGUUAUGAAGCAAAACAAACCAGAGUUAUACCAUUAUAUGAAAAAAUAUAACAGAGAAACUGUUCAAGACGGCAUCAAGGCCGUUAAAAAGGGGGAACUGGAUGCCUUUAUAUACGAUGCAACGGUCUUAGAUUACCUGGUAGGACAGGAUAACGAAUGUCGAUUGCUGACGGCCGGAUCGUGGUAUGCCAUGACCGGAUACGGAUUCGCAUUUCCAAAAAAAUCGAAAUAUUUGGACCGCUUCAACAAGAUGAUGAUAAAAUAUAAAGAAAACGGAGAUAUUGAGCGCUUCCAAAGGUUCUGGCUGCAAGGUGUUUGUAAACCUAAUAAACACAAGAGAAACGCCAGCAACCCCUUGGACAUAAAUCAAUUUAUGAGCGCCUUCCUUUUGUUAGGUUGUGGCGUUCUCUUCACUAUCAUCAUUCUGGUUUUGGAGCAUCUCUACUUCAGAUACGUUCGAAAGCACUUGGCUAGGAAGGAUAAUGGCGGGUUCUUUACACUUCUCAGCCUAAGUAUGGGGAAAUCGUUAAGCUUUAGGGGUGCCGUGUACGAAGCACAAGACAUGUUGAAACACCAUCGUUGCAAAGAUCCCAUCUGUGACACCCAAUUAUGGAAGGCUAAAUAUCGGCUAGACAUGGCUAAUAUGAGGAUUCGUCAACUGGAAAAACAACUAUCAGAAAGGAACAAGAUCCACCCAGAAGAUAUGACAAGUAACCAUAUCAACUACUAUAACACCAGCUCCUGCCUGCCAUCCGGUGGAAGGAUGGAGAUAGCCGAAAUAGAGACGGUCUUAUGAUUCCAUCAUCAUCUCUCUAGACUUGGUCUGCCUAGUUAUGUAGACGUGCAUCUUGCCUGUCCUCCAUGUUAAGCCACAUCUCGCUCAAUAUAACUAUAUUCAUCUAAUAAAAAUCUAUUUAUUCCAUUAAUCUGAAUUUCUUUACAUAACUUCUUUUUUUAUUUAUAGUGGAUUGAGUUAAAGAUAACAGUGGCUAGAGAAGCAUGUAGACAAUAAACAUUUUUAUAGAAAACUGAUAUUAAUUUUUAUUGAUAGAAAAUAAUUUUAUCGU